ACCAAAGAUGGCUGCAUGCAUACAACUCCAGAGAAAGUAUCAUCAAUUAUAUUAUUUAUAUCUUGUUGCUGUUGUAUUUUACAGCAGAAAUACAGUCAACCCAUUGAGGUGACAUCUUAUGGAGACAACAGACCAUCUUCUAACUAUCCCACUGACACAUUAACCAGUUGUAAGAGCAGUGGACAGUGCUGGAGUGAGCGGUCAAGUAGACAGUAUGAAGAAAUACCAGCAAUGUCAGCUGUCUAUGGUAUGCAACAGGACCCCGCAGCCAAUACUGAGAAACUGCCCCAGGACAGAUACGUGAAGCCUCCAGAAAGACAACUCCCUGCUACACCUGAUGUUAUAAACAACUGAUCAGUCACAAUUAUUACUCACAAACUCCUAACCUUUCACAUUAUAUAAAUUUGUAGUGGAUCUUUAAGUCUUCGGAAUAAAUUAAGAAUGAGUAAUGGA